AUGGAUAGCUUCUCACCGGAGAGUCGAGCUGCGGUGCAAGAGGCAUUCAAUGCAUUGCGCGGGUCGAUUGGCAAGGCGCUUGACACUGAGCUUGAAAAGAGGAAACAGAAAGACUCGGAGCGGAACGAGUCGUUGCGGGAAGAGCUGGAAAUUUUGAGGUCUCGCGCUGAAUACAUCGAUCGGGUGGAGCAGGAAAACUCGUCGCUCAGAAACAAAUUGCUGCGAUUCCACCAUCAGAACCGCGACACCGAAUCGCCAAGAGAUACACCUCGCCCCAGCAUUUCUGUACAGGACAAAGCUACAAACACAGAUCCUCCACCAAAUGAAUCAUUCGAUAAGGAAAAUGACGUGGAGCGGGUUCUACACGAGAGCCACAAAGUCCUCAGGAGGUACAACGCCUUAAACAAGAACUUCAAGCUGUUGAAGGCAGAGUACCAGAAGCAGAAGGACCUGAUCAAACAAUGGGGCGAGUACUCAACAUCCUUGGAGGCGAAGAUCAAAAGAAUCGAGGACAGGCAUGGACAGUCAAUCGACCCUACGCCUGCAUUUGAAUCCGCAUCGGAGCCUAGCAGGCCUCGUGCGGCUGCAACCCCAAGCUUCACCGCAGAUCCUGGUGUGGAACCUGAUCAAGCAAAUGGAAUCGCGGAACCUCAGCUAGCUGCACAGCCUGAUCUUCCAGCAGAUCCACCUCGAGACGAAGGAAAUCUACCCUCAGGACACACGAGUGAUAGAGACACGACAGAGAGCGGUAAAGACGCCGAUGAGCAGACUCUUCCUCCCUUGAGGCAAAACGUCAAUGUCACGACAGAGGUUUUCGUCAAGCCCGAGCCCUCUUCCGAUGGCCCUAUUUUUGUCUCGGAGCGCUCAGUUGGGAAGAGAAAGCGUGCGGACGACCAGGUCACUGAUCAAACCACACGGACCAGAAUCAAAAUCGAAAGUUCCGGGCUUUCUAACAGCUUGCCUUCCACCCAGAUCCAGGAAAGUAUGGAUUUGGACGAACUUGGACCGAGGGUCACAACGCCGAGGAGAAAGAGACAUGCGGAUCUCGAGCGAGAUAAGAGCUUCAACUCGGUCACCGUCAGGCCGGACAACAUCAGCACGCCGGCUGCCAAACCUCUUCAGAACUUUGCGGUCUUAACGCCAGUCAACCCUAAUGUGAUGCCCGUGCAUCCGCAAGAGAAGAAGGCUGUCGAGAACCCCAGCAGGAAAGGACUCGCUCAAGGCAUAAGAAGCCUUGCCGAGGACGGCCUUACUUACAAAAAGACUGGUCGCGAAGAGCCAGCAGCCCGCCGGUCGUUUGAGUACCCUCCUAAAUACAGCGCCAUCAGAAGAGACGCCAACCAUAACGCGGUCGGCGCCUCGACUUCGUGGCAAUGA